AUGAGUGUACCUUUUUUUCUAAAUCCGGGUGCGAAGCCACAAGAAAAGCCAAAAACUAUCACUGUUGUUCGGCGAAUUGUAGCUCAACCAAUUGAAUCUAUUAAACCACCUUCACAACAAGUGUCUGUAACUGUAAUUCGCAAAUUUGCUCCACCCCCACCAGCUGAGCCAGUUUCCAAACCACCACCGACUCCACCAAAAGAACAAGCAUCAUAUCCUUCAAAAUUAAGUGAUAUAUUAGCAUUUUGUAUUUUAUCCAAAAUUUUAUUGACAAAGAAUGAAAUAGAAAAAUUAAAUGGUAUUUUCUCAAAACUAAUCAUUCAUUCCACUCCAGCACAGAUCUUAACAAUGAAAGUUAAUCAAAUAGUUGAUAAAACCGAGGUUUUAAGAAAAAUAUGGCAAAUCAUUAUCAAUAAAGAGUCAUCUGUAGUUGAUGACUUGUAUUCACAAACAAAAGCGUUAAUUAACGUUUUUCUUAGUAAUAAUAUACCAGAAGACGUAAUUAUCAAUCACUUUUCAUAUAUUAUGCUUUCUAUCAAGCCAAGGUUUUCAUUUGUUCACAUAUUUUCUGCAAUUGUUCAGAAUCAGUCAAUAAAUAUAAAAGCUACAGAUUUAUCCAAAAUUCUAUCACUUACAAAAGGAAUCAUUAAGCUUCUUAGAACUCAUAAAUUCAAUUCUGACACAAGUUCAAUCGAUAAACUCUCGUUUGCCGAAUUAAUUCAAAUUGAUGAGCCAGAAAAUCCAUUUGAUCUUCUUAAAAAAGAUGACAGUAUGAUACCUGUUGUAAAGGCAUCGAAACCUUAUACUCCAAAGCCGAAACUUAACAUUUAUCAGAUGAAACAUUUUUCUCCGAGUUAUGUACCGUUCAAAAUCAAUAUAAACGCGAACGAAAAUCCUAUUAUUCUCAAUCAUCUCACAAAAAUGUUUCCUGUAAGCGUAGAUAUCCAAGGACGAUACAAACCGCCGCCUGAUAAAAUCAUUCCUGUUCAAUUUACAGAUUUCUUUCAAAUUUUAGAAUCAAUCGAAGUUGUUGAGAACAAGACAGAGCGUGUGUUUGCUUUUUCAGACAACAACCCGUUUAUAUCUUACGCAAUCGGUACGGCCGGUCGAGAUAACUACGGAAACCUUUGGUCUGACAUUUAUCCGCAUAUAUCCAACGACAAAGUAAGGAAAAUCGUAAUCAACAGAUGUCGAAAGAACUUAAGUAACUACCAAAGUGAGCAUUGCGAGGUCGUUAAGACUGCAGAAUCAGUAUUUAUCACUAGACCAAUCAAUGAAUUCCUCAAGAGCAUUCUUUUAUCGAAUAUGCCUAAUGAAUUUGAGUUUCCAUUCGUUGAGAAUGAAGUUUCUAUGUAUAUUGAGCAUAUUAUUGCCACAUCUGCAAAUCAUAAAAUACAAUCUUUAGUUUGGUUCUUGAAUGAAGUACUUUCCUUCAUUCAAAUGCCAAACCCGAUUGUAUUCAUUCAUACUACAAUGUUUGCAGGUGUUUUGUGGUUAUUUUCCAAAUUAUGUUCCGAAAUCAAAGCAAUUUUUGACGCAACUGCCAUUGAAAUGAACACAUUUGAUGCUGUUAUCGACAAAGCGUUUGAUGAAAUACAGUCAAAGAGCUUUCCAAUUCCAGAUAUCUUUUCAAUGCACAAACCAUUGACAGAAAUCUUGAAAUCCAUCGUGCAGUUCAAGCUCGUAUCAGAUGAGAUGAGAAACGAGGCCAUCAAGCAUUACGGAAAGAUAGCUAUCCAUAUAAGCCACUUUUAUCCAAUCAUUGAAAAAAUGAAUUUAAUUUGUCACUUUUUGAGAACCGAUCCCCACAUGAAGAAGCUAAAUUUGCUGAUGACUAACCUCGGAAUGUACAGCAACGAUGAUACCAAGAAGGAUGGAUACUUAGAUUCAAGAAUGGCGUUGUACAGAGCUGCUGUUAAAAACAUUUCUCUUUACAAGCUGAUUAAUAUCAAAUUGGACAGAGAAAGUGGUAAGGUAUUGUUAAUAAGAGACUAG